AUGGCUGACAUAGAUUUCUACCAGGAUGAUGGUGAUGAUAAUCAGGACGAUGGAUUCGGGUUUGAUGAUGGUUAUGGCGAUGAAGAUGAUAAUCUCGGACCCCUUCAAAGGCUUGAGAAAUAUAUAGACAAUGAAAAUAUUUUCAACAGGCAAAUGGUGGCCCGUGGUUUACUUGACACACUGAGAGCUGUGGGCGACGAUGAAGAAGAUUGUAAAGCUGUCCUUGUUGCAAUGACCCGUCUUUCUGAAGACCCAGAAUCUUCAGUAAGGUCUGAAUUAAUGGAACAAGUCCCACACAUUACUGCUUAUUGUAAAGAAAACAGUGACCUUUUUCAAACGGCAGUUACAACUUUCAUAUUACCAAUGGUUGUCAAGUACCUAAAUGAUUGCAAUAAUCAAGUUCGUAAAACCAGUCAAGCGGCUCUAUUGGUGCUGCUAGAACAAGAACUUGUAGAGAAAGAAGAUGUGGAAGAUCAAGUUGUACAUGUUAUAUUAGAAUUAUCUAGUCCAGACAGUUUAGACGACCAUAGAACAGAGGCUGUGGCCUUAAUGAGUAAAAUGUCUCCACUCCUUGGUAAAGAUAUCACUGAACGUCUCUUCUUGUCUCGUUAUUGUGAGAUGUGCACAGACCCGGUCUUCAAUGUGAGAAAAGUAUGUGCCACAAACUUUGGUGAAAUAUGUUCUGUUGUUGGUUCAGAAAACACUGAAAAGUAUUUGCUUCCUAAAUUCUACUAUUUAUGUGAAGAUUGUGUAUGGGGAGCCAGAAAGGCGUGUGCUGAAUGCUUCAUGUCGGUAUCAUGUGCCUGUGCCCCAGACAUCAGAAGAUCAAAGUUAGCCAGUGUCUUUGUCAAUCUACUCUGCGAUCAGUCUAGAUGGGUUAGAAUGUCAGCAUUUCAACAACUUGGUCCUUUUAUUUCAACAUUUGCUGACCCAAACACAACUGGUUUAUAUGAAAAAGACAUAACACCAGAAGCAAUGGAAGAGGAUGAAGAUAAUGUCCAGAUUGCAGAAACAGCAAGAUCGUUUGAAGAAUCAAGGGCAGAGGUUUAUGAUGCUAGGAAUGAUAAUGAUGCUAAUAUUGCUCAAGAAAAUAGUUUAUCAACCAAUGAUGAAGAGUCUGAAAGUAGAACCAGUAAUAUAGAUAUCCCAACUACUAGUAAAACUGAAGACAUUGACAAUAGUAGUGAUAACUCACAAUCAGAUAAUGAUUCAGUUUUUGGUAGUGCUAGUGAUCUUUCUAGUGUUUCUCAAACUGAUAAAGAUAGUGUUCAUAUACAUUUAAACAAUCUAGAAUCCUUUAACACUUUUCAAUUUUGGCGUUCGCCUCUACCUGAGGUUGAUGUUGAUUUUGAUUUAGUGAAUGGAAUGCCCACUAAUAUCCAUGUCUCAGCUAGAGUUAAAGAUGAAGAUAAACGCAAAGUUUAUUCUUCUCAGAUGAAUGUAGUCAUUGAUGAUAAGGGAGUUUCAAAACAAGAAAUCGCCAGUGUGUCUGAUGAUUCUUCAUCUUAUGAUAAUGAUGGUGUUAAGAUUCACAUGGCUAGUGUGAACACUGUAGGAGAAAGUAGUGAAAUGGUAGAUAAUAUUGGUAGUACUCAUGUUUUAGGCCAGCAGAUCAAUGAAGCCACCUUAGCUGUAAUGAAUGGUGUUGUACAAGAUAUCAGUAAUAGUAAUAUUGGGUUUAUUGAUAGUGACUCCUCUCACUCACCACGUGAAAGUUUGUUGUCAGAACACAGCCACAUUGAUGAUGCCUCACUUGCUCAGCAACAAGACAUAGUACCACAAAGUCUCUUAGAAAAUUAUCUUGGAAUGGUGGACCCUUCCAGAGCUCAAACUGUUGAUACAGAAAUAACACGUCAUUGUGCUUAUAAUUUGCCUGCUGUUGCCUAUACACUUGGUCGAAACAACUGGUAUGUUAUUCGACAUUUGUAUGUAACACUUACUCAAGAUGUUCAAUGGAAAGUUCGAAGAACACUGGCCUUUUCUCUACAUGAAUUAGCUGUUAUAUUAGGUGAAGAAAUCACGCAUAAUGACCUAGUUCCAGUAUUAGAUGGUUUUCUCAAGGAUUUAGAUGAAGUCAGGAUUGGUAUAUUGAAGCAUUUUGCAGAUAUUCUCCAACUGUUGAAUCCUGUCAUUCGUCGAAGAUAUUUGGGGCGUAUUCAGGAAUUUAUGUCUACUGAUAACCACCGAAACUGGAGAUUUAGAUUAGAAUUAGCAGAACAAUUAAUAUUUCUGUGUGAAUUAUUCUCCCCUUCCGAUGUUAGUUUGUAUAUAGUACCAAUAGCUAUGGCCUUAGCGUCUGAUAAAGUGUCUGAAGUAAGAAUAAUUGCGUUUAGAUUGUUAAGUUUUAUAAUACAGAGACUGUAUACUGAAGGUGAAGAAAAUCUUACUAUGACUCUAGUUAAUGAUAUUAUUGAGAAGUUUGCUAUGAAUAAAAAGUGGAUAGGGCGUCAAGUAUUUGCUCGCGUGUGUAUGUGUAUUAUGGAUGAAAAUUCGUUACCUCCAGCAGUUUUUGCUAGAGAUCUUCUACCUAGUUUACUAGCUUUAGGUCAAGAUACCAUACCAAAUGUUCGAUUGACAUUAGCUAAAGUUUUAUCCCAGUGUAUUAUACCUUUAGAAUAUUUUACUUCUCAAUCUAACCCUCAUCACGAGGAUCUGGUGUCAACUCUAAAGAAUUUACAGACUGACAAAGAUAGAGAUGUGCGUUAUUUUGCUUCCCAUCCACAAGAUACCAACAUAAGCCACCAUGAAACAGUGCCUGUUUAA